CUUGGUAGGAGUACCGGCCUGAUCCCCGUCCGCUUGGCGGUGAGGAGAACUUGGAGGAGGUGGAUAGAGGCAGGAGGUCUCGCCUACCUGAGGAUGGAGUGUCCCAUGUGUGGCCUUGAGUUUCCCAUCAUCAUAGUUGAAUACCAUGCGUGGGAGUGCAAUGGACGUGAAGAACCCAAUGAAGGUUCAUUGAUCCAAGAAAACACAGUGCCAAGUGCUCAGGCAGCCUGUACCCACGACGUCCAGCAAGCUGACAAAGGGGAAUCUGCUUUCUCAUCAGAAACCUCUGAGGUUCCACACCCUGACACAGAAAGGUGCCGGGAGAAAGACGAAAUGCCAGAAUGCCCCCUUUGCUUUCGUUCUAUUCCUGCGGAUCUAAUAUUUGAACAUGCGGCAUUCUGCAAUGGUCCUAGUUGUGGUAAGCUGCCAGAGCAAGCGACCUGCGACUUCACAGACCCCCAGGAGCGAGUGACUUGCGACCACAGUGAACCCGAGGGGCAGGGGAUCGGCGCCUGUUCAGAGCCCCACAAGGAAGUCAUUCCCAGCUGCAGUCAAGCUGUGGGAAGCAGUGUUCUCACUGAGCUUCCCGGCCACAUCAUGCAAGUUUUCCACAGCUACGUCGCUGGAAAAGGUGCGGGGGUUUCGAGAAAAACAACUUGGAGUGUGGAGCCCAAGAGCGGACAAGAAGACAAUGAAACUUCACAGAACAUCACAAAAGCAUUGCAGUGUCUUGGGGAAGUGCAGAGACGUUUAGACAAUGACCCUGAAUUCAAUCAAGCUUUAGAUCCCCUCCUGAGGUGCAGCAGGCCCCUGGAAAUUCUGCAGAUCUUGAUAAAGAACAUAUUUGGCAAAGCUACAGGCACCAGUGUCACCCCAUUUGCCCUUUUCUUCUACCUGUCAAAAAUGUUUUUGCCGAGGAUUUUGGAAACGGACUCGUGGGCUGUUUUAUUGAAGUGGUUGGAUGUGAUGAUUAGAGACGUGGUGGUUCCAUGGAUCUCUAGGAUGGGUGGCUGGGGCGUUGUACUUGCUCUUCUUGGCUCUCUCAUAGCUGGUGGUCUGCUGGUGGGAUUCACAAUUAAACUUUUGAAGUCACAGAAACAAAACCAGAGCCUUUGAUGCCUGAUGCCCAGGUCAACUUCCAAACUGCAGAAAUUACGUUCAAGGAAAGCUUCAUGUACCCGAAAAUCAGGAAGGGUUCUCAAUUUAAUCUUCUUUUUAACGGACCACAGAGUUUUUUAGACCUUUUCACGUCUGCUGGUCAGAAUGAUUUUUUUUUGCCUGUGAGGAAGUUGUCAGUAAAAGUGAUGGGCCGCAGCUGGUACACAGGGUGGGCAUGGGAGGAGGGGAAAGGCUGGCACAGAAUGAGCAGUGGGACGUGGAGGGGGUUGGCGGGUUGAGGAGUGGGUGAGGGGAUGAUGAGGAGCGAGAGCAGGAGAGUGGCUCCUGCCCUGACCCUAUACCCAGUCUAAUUCUCGGCCUUAACUCCAUCUUCCUGCCUUGAUCUUGGUGCAGGGUUUCAAUCCAAAGCUCUGAGAAUUCCUUUCCUCCCACAGAUACUGCUCAACCUGUUGAUUUCUUCCGGCACAUUUUGUUGCCGCUGGUUGCUCAGUCCUUUCUCAUGACACUGUCCCAUCCUGCCAGGAAUCACCGCAGAGAACCUUCUCUGCGCCACUUCCAAGAAACAUAUCCUUCCCUAAAUUCAGAGACUAAAACUAACAAUUCUGCAAGUUCAGUCUCACUACAAUGGUAACAAUCUUCUGCUACUUUACCCAGUAAGGCCUAGCGUUCCACUGGCCCUGACAAUUACUUGCAUCCACUUACUCCGCCCCAUCCCACCAUCCUAUUCUGGUUUCUGCCCCUUUCCUUUCCAGUGUUGAUAAAGGGUCUCAGCCCAAAACGUUAACUGUAUAUUUCCCUCCUCACAUGCUGCCUGACCUGCUGAGUUCCUCCAGCAACACUCACAACAAGCUGGAAGAACUCAGCAGGUCGGGUAGCAAAAAGAUCGGUCAACGUUUCAGGCCGGAACCCUUCAUCGACCGAUCUUUUCCACGGAUGCUGCCCGACCUGCUGAGUUCCUCCAGCUUGUUGUGAGUAUUGCCUUGACCCCAGCAUCUGCAGAUUAUUUUGUGUUUGAGUUCCUCCAGCGUUUUCUGUGCGCUGCUCAAGAUUUUCCUGCAUCUGCAGAAUCUCUUGCACCUUUGAAAUGCUGCAUCUACAUGCUAAUUUCACUACUUCUUAUACACAGGCAUCCAGAACUCUCUAGGCACACAUUUUACCAAUCCCACACAGUUUAAGUGAUAUUAAGAGACUUAUUUAAUUUAUCUAUUGUAUAUCUUUUUGCAGAAUAUUUGUAUUGGCAUCGCUCCUUAGUUUGCCAACUAUUUGGGUGUAAUGUACACAGUCCCUUUCACUAAGCCACUAAGAUGAAUUGCCAUUGCCUUCUGGGGAGUGUCUUUACAAGACAGGUGACUCCAGCCAUUAUCAAUAGUGUUCAGAGAUUGUCUGCCUGGCAUCAGUGCUUGACUUAACAGGACUUGUUGUGAUCUGCACCGGCUGCUCAUACGACCAUCCACCACCUGCUCCCAUGGCUUUACAUGACCCUGAUUGGGACUCUAAUGUGCCUUGUGAAAUUAGGUCACAAUAUACAGUCGAUAAAGCAGUGACUGAUAAUUAUAAAGACAUUAAUUCCUUGUUAAAAUAUGUGUAUCAUUGCGGGAUAAAGACUCCACAGGUACAUGGCUCUAUCAAUCUUUAACUAAAACAGUUAAUGAGGAUUGUAAAAAUAUCUAUUUUUAUAAUCCUUCUGUUUCCCCACAAUCUUUAGCAUUUUUUUUGCUGAUUUCCACAAUUCUCCCAGUGCUCAGUCCCAUCACCAUUCUUCGUAACAUAGCAACACACAUAAAUGCUGGAGGACGUGGCCUCUGUACUACAUACUUGGGGCCUUAGCCCCCAGUGGGGCGUAGACCUUUGAUGUCCUCCCGUUUUCAAAGUCCUGUGAAGUCGAUGGUACGGUUGGAGUCCAUCAAGGCUUCUGUAACCCAUUGCAACCAUUGUGCAGGGGGCUGGCCUGUACAUCUCCAGCAGAGCCCUGUCGGCUGGCCUCGCUCGUUUCCACCUCUCACGGCGGGGGUGUAGGGGUGGACUUUGAGAGGCACACAGCAUCUCUGGAGGGGAAUAAACUGUCCACGUCAUACCAUGGUGUCUGUUUUCCGCAAUCUAAUACCACCCUAAACUGAGAAUAGCAACAGUGGGAUGAUUGGAUUGAUGGAAUUGCGGUGAGAGCUGGCACAGAUUCAAUAAUUGGAACGGGUUCCUUCUGUGUCACAAGGAAUUACAGGAAAAUAACUAUUCUAGUUAAUCAUUGACAGAUCCACUUCCCUGUGGGAUUUUAUUCCCCCUCAGUGGUAUGCCAUUUUCGAGAAUAAUAAAAUCUUUAUUUAACUCUUCACAGCUAAGAAAUUCCCCUUACAGAAGUAAUUGCAACAUCUUCGCACUUCUCUGCACUCUGCAACACUAAAGCUAAUUCUGGCCAUUAGCUGGCUUCCAUUUGUUGAUCCUUAUCUCCUCUUGAGCAAGUUCUGCUUCCGAAACCAGAAUCACUUGCCACUGCCUUCCUAACGUCAUCCUUUCUAAUCUAGCAUUUGAUUUUAAUCAAGGCGUUGCACCUUUCCAAUCUGGAUAUCCUCCUGAAACAAUCCCCAGAGUGUUUGGUUUCCAGCUGUGGUCACCUUCCUGCUGCCUCUCUAUCUCUUAGUGCUCUUCUAUCUCUGCUUGCACAGUCAAUUCUCCUGUCUUGUAAUGAAUGUACAUAGAACAUUGUACAGGACAAACCCUUCUGCCCAGGAUGUUGUGCCUACCUUUUAACCUACUCUAAGAUCAAUACAACCCUUCCUUUCCAUAUAACCUAUCAUCCAUGUGCCUAUCUAAGAGUUGAUUAAAUGCACCUACAAUAUCUGCCUCUACCACCACCCCUGGCAGUGCGUUCUACUCAAACCACCGCUCUGUGUAAGAAAAUCUUGCCUCUGACAUGUAGCCAGCUGGUGGUGUAGAAGCGUCAGCACCAGACUACGAGGCGAGUGGUCCCGGGUUCGAAUCUGGCCGGCACCUUGCACGCUUUCCAUCGUGCGCUGGGUUGAGCGUCAAGCUAGCAACUCAGCCUCGUUAAAAAUAACACAGACAGAAAUGAUCAAUGGCAAGGUUGCUGCCCAAGUGGCACAGGGCACGGAGCAGAAUAGACUCCGACGUGCCCACCAUAUUUUUGUCCAAUCACCUUAAAAUUAUGCCCCCGACCUCCACCCUGGGGAAGAAGGCCCUGGCUGUCCACUCAAUUUAUGCCUCUUAUCACCUUUGUUCCAAAUGACAAGCCUUAGCUUGCUCAACCUAUCCUCAUGAGGAGCUUUUCUUUAUGACUUUUAUCACUUAAGCUGUUUUGUGCCAUAAAGUAUCAUCUCUAACCCUCCCUGCUUAUCAUUAACAUUAAUACUAUACUGCACUGCCACCUUAUUCUCCUGAUUUCCCCCUUGCCUCAGUCCUUCCUUCCCAUCUCAUCGUUAUUUAGUUUAAAACUCCGGGUAUGAGUCUAGUUUUUCCACUUUGCUAGGACGUUGGUCACAGAAUGAUCAAAGUGAGCCUGAUCCCAAUAGAACAGCUCCCUUUUUCCAGCAUGGCUACCGAUGACGCCCCAAUUAAACAACAAUUAGAAUUAACAUCACCCUCAGCAGUCUUUGAAUCAGAAUCUAAAUCUCUGACCUGUGUAACCCUACGCCAGCCUGCAAGUGGCUUGUUAAUUUAUCCUGUCCGUCAGCAAAACGUCUUUCUUAAUCCUACCCAGUGAGGGCCUGCAGUUCUGCAAUCGAUUUCCUCGCUGCCUCUCUGUCCCCGUUCACACAAGAGCCUCAUACCUGUUCAGUAAGUACACAGCACUCCUCCAACACUCUCUACUGGGUCCUCAUUCCAACCUGCCAAGUCCUCCUGCCCUUGACCACGGCCCAGCUCCAGUCUGCUACCUAAUCCAGGGGAAGUGAUUCGAAACUUUUCAGCUCCUGAAUCAUCAUAAAACCCACGGCUCGGGUUCAACAAUCCUGAGCCAAAGAUGCAGACGCUCACCAGAAUAUCUUUAUUGUCAUUGCUGUGGAGCAAUGAAACACAGUUUAGCAGCUCAACAUUUUGUAGCAUGACAAGGAAUAUAUACAUAAAAUAAACUCUAAAACCUCAGGAGUGCAGUCCAAAAUUAAUAAUAUAUGGAUGGGGGCGGGGGGUAGGACUAUUGCACACCUGCCAUUCCUGGAAGUGUGAUGCAUUUAGCUGCCGCCAUCUUAGGAGGGGGGCAGGAGAAGGGAAGGGGGUGUUAUACAUUUCACUGCUUCUGGGUAGAAGCUGUUAAGGAGUCUCUUUGUUUUGGUCCUUAAUGCUCUGUAUCUCUUCCCAGAAGGUAGAGGGGAAAACAGGUGAUGUCCAGGAUGAGUGGGAUCCUUUGAAAUACAAGUAGCCUUCUUUUGAAGUCUGCCAGUAUAAAUGUCUCUGAGGGAGGGUAAUGUUGUGCCAAUAACCCGCUCUGCUACCCUCACCACCCGCUGCAAGUCCUUCCUGUUCUGUUCUGUGCAGCUGGCAAACCACACUGCACAGCAAUACGUAGGGAGGCUCUCCCUUUAUAGUUCAUGUAAAUGAACCAGUCAUGUAAAUUGGAUUAGCAUUGAUGGAUGCAGCAGUCAGCGUGGACGCAUUAAGCCUGAGGGUCUGUUUCUGUGCUGUGCAACUCUGCGAUUCCAGGGAAACUUCAUCCAUCAGCUUCUACAAGUUGAAGCAACAUUGCCUGCCCUGAGCUCGUAGCUUGUUUCACAGCUAACUAAACAUCAUUAAAUAAUCUACUCCAUGUUUAUCUACCUCCAAGUAAAACACCUUACCUUGUAAUGCAGGGGUGGUGAACUAUGGUACUUAGAAAAAUUUUAUUGGCAUGUGACAUGCAGUGCCGUCUUGAUUCUUUAUCAUCCUCCCAUAAUAAAAAAGAUGCGUAAUUACCUUUAUUUUCAAAUGAAGUAGCAAAUUGUUUUCUGUCUCAAAUUGUUAAAAAAAACCGUGUCUCGCACCGGCCUGGUGUCAGUGAGACAGUUGUGAGAACACAUGGCGUUGGGGAUACAUUUUGAAAUCCUCGUAGACCUGGUGUGCAGAUGAUAGAACAUAGGACAGUACGGGCUCUUUGGCCCAUGGUAUUGUGCCAACUUUUCAACGUACUCCAAGAUUAAUCUAACCCUACUCUUCCCCCAUAGCCCUCUAUUUUUCUAUCAUCAAUGUGCCUAUCCAAGAAUUUCUGCAUUGUUUUUGCAUUGUAGGGGGAUUAAGGGUUAUGGGGAAAAGGCAGGUAGGUGGAGAUGAGUCCAUGGCCAGAUCAGCCAUGUUCUUAUCGAAUGGCGGAGCAGGCUCGACGGGCCAGAUGGCCGACUCCUGCUCCUAUUUCUUGUGCCUAAUGUAUCUGCCUCUACCACCACCCCCAUCCAUGCACCCAUCACUAUGUGUGUGUAAAAAAAACACAACUUACCUCUGACAACCCUCCCCCUGAUACUUUCCUUCAAUCACUUCAAAAUUAUGCUUCCUCAUAUUAGCCAUUUCCACCCAGGGGAAUUGUCUCUGGCUGUCCAUUCGAUCUACGCCUCUUAUCAUCUUAUACACCCUUAUCAAGUCAUCCCCCUUUGCUCCAGAGAGAGAAAGCCUAGCUCACUCCACCUCUAAGACAUGCUCUCUAAUUUACUAUUUACAAUAACAAUACUAGGCCCAAAACACCAACUAUCUAUUUAUUCCCAUAGUUGCUGUCUGACCCGCUGAGUUCCACCAGCAUUUUGUGUGUGUUGCUUUGGAUUUCCAGCAUCUGCAGAAUCUCUUGUGCUUACGAUUUUCUGUUCCACUGGGAAGCCUCUUCAAGGGAUGCCCCCACUGAAGAUGUUUAAGUCUUCCCUUCAGGAGUUCAGUGAAACCCUCUGUCACUGCUCCCCCUCUGUGAUCACUGCAGGCCCCCUGACUUGUCGACCAUGUACUCACCUAGACCCGCUACCCCUUCCCACCAACCUGGGUUCACCUAUCACCUUCCAGCUAGUCUCUUCCACCACCCCCCCAACUUUUUUUAUUCUGGCGUCUUCACCUCUUCCUUCUCAGUCCUGAAGAAAGGUCUGGGCCCGAAACAUCGACUGUUUACUCAUUUCCCCAGAUGCAGCCUGGCCUGCUGAGUUCCUCCAGCGUUUUGUGUGUGUUGCUUUUAAUUUCCAGCAUCCCUGACUUUUCAUGAUUUACUACUUAGAAGUGAUGUUAUUUUGCAAUUGUCUUAUUUAAAAGAUUAACAUUAAUACUUUCUGAACAGGUUUUCUAAAAUGCCUCACACACAAAAUGUUUCAGGAACUCAGUAGGCCAGGCAACGUCUGUGGAAAAAGAGUAAACAGUCGACAUUUAUUUGAAUCUGUCUCUGUUAGACUUUUAUUAAUAGUAAAACUAUGAAUAAGCAACAGGAUUCAUUCUUUUUCCUUUUAAAAAAAGCCAAUAUUAUUGUUACUAAUUCAAAUGAUAAUCUCUGCCUGAAAUUACCGUGGCUGGUAAGAGAAUUUUAAAAAAUUUAUCACCAGUUUAGGGACACGCUCUCGCAAAGGUUCAUCAUCACUGCCUUAUGUCAUCUACAGAAAAGAAUUCAAACACCUUCCACCUUAAAGUGACGCGAGACUCUACCAGCGAUGUAUUAUCACCCUCUCACCACCACCUUACCACAUUCCCUUGCUCCGUAGCUUCUGUUGGAAAGCUGGUAUUCCAAUGACUGGGAAGAGGCAGGUUCUUGCUGCAGGGUGAAGGUUGUGAUGGGAACCAGCAUACGCUUUCCUAUAGAACAGAAUGUCCCGAGAGCAGCUGGACAACCCGUCUCCUGUAAUCGUGGAUUUUUAUAAGUCGUACAGCCCUUUCGGCCCAUUGACUCUGUGCUGGCCCUCAACCACUCACCUGCACUAAUCCCACCUCAAUCCUAGUUAUGUGUUUCUUUUCCCACCCGUUCCCAUCAUCCUCCACCCGCCCCGACCCCGAUUCUACCAGUCACCCACACAGUAGGGACAAUUUACAGCAGACAACAAGCCGGCCAGCUGACAGAUCUUUGGGAUGUGGGAGAAAACCUGGAGGGUGGGGAGGGGGGAUUCCACACGGUCACAAACAACGAUGGAAGUCAGGAUUGAAUGUAGGUCUCUGGUGCUGUGCUGCCCACUGUAUGGAAUGAAAUUACCUAGUGAAAGUAGGGCAGGAAAACAACAAGUUCACUCUGUAGUGAUCCUUCCUGUCAUCUGCAAAGCGUUUGAAAGCAGAGCCAUCCUCAAAGUGCGUGUCCUUAUAUUUUGAAGUGAAUUCUGAAGAUUACACUUAAGGCACUUAAGAUCAAUUAAAGCUCAAGUUUAUUGAGAGGGUCCAGAGGAGAUUCGGGAGAACGAACCCGGGAAUGAAAUGUUUAAUGUAUGAGGAGUGUGGGCACGUGGCCAAGUGGUUAAGGCAUUGGACUAGCAAUCUGAAGGUCGUGAGUCCGAUCCCCAGCCGAGGGAACGUGUUGUGUCCUUGAGCAAGGCACUUAAUCACACAUUGCUCUGCGACGACACCAGUGCCAAGCUGUAUAGAUCCUAAUCCCCUUCCCUUGGACAACAUUGGUGUCAUGGAGAGGGGAGACUCGCAGCAUGGGCAACUGCCGGUCUUCCAUACAACCUUGCCCAGGCCUGCACCCUGGAGAGUGAAGACUUUCCAGGCACCGAUCCAUGGUCUCGCAUUAUUAUUUAUUAUUUAUAUGAGGAGUGUUUGAUGGUUUUGUGCCUGUACUUGCUGGAGUUUAGAAGAAUGAGGGGGAAUCUCAUUGAAACCUCUCGAGUAUUACUUAAGAAUGGCGGAGACAAUAUUGUGAUGGGAGAGGGGAAUGGGGUUGGAUGGACAAGGGCUGGGAGGUUGAGUAGAAUCAGGACCUGGUCUCAAACUUGCUCUCUGGAUAUUGAUUGCAAGCUGAAUGAUAUAAUUGAAAGCUCUUGUAAUUUAAAAAUAUGUGGUUUUGAUGCCUGGCAAAUGCUUUUGAAAUUUCUGCAAGCGUUGCUUCAAGAUGGUCCUGUAUUUAAUGAGUUUAUUGCUGGGAUGUGUGGCAAGAUCUCUUCUACAUUUGUCCUGCUUUGAUGAAAGCAGACAGGUUGUUCCAGAGUCUAGUGCCCUGCAGUCACAUCUCGACUGGACAGGGCGAGUUCCCUCCCACGAUAGGAUGUUUGGUGAUAACCCUACAGCCUCACCUCUACUGCAAGCAGCUUUCCCUUCCCAGUCUUGCCUCGAGACUAAAUUUGAAUUUUAGUGGGAAAAGAUCGGGGCAGCGCGGUAGCACAGCAGUCAGCAUAACACCACUACAGCCUCAGCGACCUGGGUUCAAUUCCCGCCACUGCAUGGGAGAUGUUUGCAUGUUCUGCUCGGGAGCGUGUGGGUUUCCUCCGGGUGCUCUGGUUUCCUCCCACAGUCCAAAGACAUAUGGGUUAAUAGGUUAAUUACGAUAAUGGUGACGUAGACUUGUUGGGACAGAAGGGCUUGUUACCAAUGAAUAAUUAAAAUCCGGCACUGUGGUUCUGGUGCCCGGAUUUCACCAUGCCUGCACUAUGGGACAGCACUGCUAGAAGUAAGGUGUCUCUGUGCACGAGGCAGCCUAGCUGGAAAAUAUUCACACUCCAGAGGUUUGUGGGCAGAGAGGAGAGCGGGGCAAAAAUAAAACGGAGGUUGUUAGGUUCUUUGAUGGCGUCGAAGAUUACGGGGAGAGGCAGGAGAAUGGGGCUCAGAGGGAAAAUAAAUCAGCCAUGAUAGAAUGGCGCAGUGGACUAGAUGGGCCAAACGGCCUCAUUUUGCUCCUGUGUCUGAUGGUCAAAUUUCAGGCAUGACUUGGUGAAGGACAGCUCUAGCCACACAUCCCUAGUAGCGGAGUGCCAACGGGAGCCAGCAUUACUAUGAUGUCAGAACGUUCUGUAUCUUCACUGCAACACUACCGUGCCUGGUGGAAACAGUUUGUUAAGACAAUCCCACGGUUAAUAAAUUGUCAUGGGUUUAAUAUUUCACCUGUUUGUUUGUUUUCCUGCGGAUGGAAUAGACUGAUGAUGCAAUGGAGCUUUACAAACAGGGUGAACUUCCUGGGAUGCUGUACAGGAAAUUUGGUCUGCAUGUCAUUUCCACACAGAGAUACCAAGAGGAGUGGCACGGACUGGACUUUCACAUAGGAAACGACGGGCACCACACAAACAGAAUGAGGGAAUCUUAAAUAGAUUAUGUACCAGACACUUCAUUAUAUCAAACCCACUGUGACAGACCGGGCAAGAACAAGAUUGGAUGGCCCACCACCAGUGAAAGGAAUUGAAUUGACUAUUUCUUACAUCCUUCAUAUACGUGAGGAGUAAAAAUCUUUACGUUACGUCUCUGUCUAAAUGUAAUUUAUAAUAAAUAUUAUGUACAACAGGACAGUCAAUAUAACAUAGAAAUACAAUUGUAUCAGCGUGAAUUAAUCAAUCUGAUGGCCUGGUGGAAGAAACUGUCCCAAAGCCUGUUGGUCCUGGCUUUUAUGCUGUGGUACCGUUUCCCGGAUGGUAGCAGCUGGAAUAGAUUAUGGUUAGGGUGACUCGAGUACUGAAUGAUCCUUCGGGCCCUUUUUACGCACCUGUCUUUGUAAAUGUCCUGAAUAGUGGGAAGUUCACAUCUACAGAUGUGCUGGGCUGUCCACACCACUCUCUACAGAGACCUGCGAUUAAGAGAGGUACAGUUCCCAUACCAGGCAGUGAUGCAGCCAGUCAGGAUGCUCUCAGUUGUGCCCCUGUAGAAAGUUCUUAGGAUUUGGGGGCCCUUGCCAAACUUCUUCAACUGUCUGAGGACCACCAUCAGAUUUAGACAGGCAAUGGUACCUUCAGCCCAAUCUCCGCCACAUUAGCCCAUGAAUACACUUACACAGACAUCCCACAGAUGAAUCAGGCAUUAGCCUGGCAGAGUUGUUUUCAAUCGCCACCCAAGCUGAUGUUCAAUCUGUCUGGCAGAAUUGACCCACCAGAGGUUCAAAGUUCAAAGUAAAUCUAUUAUCAAUGUACGUACAUUCAGUGGCCACUUUAUGAGGUACAUCUGUACACCUGCUCAUUAAUGCAAACAUCUAAUCAGCCAAUCACGUGGCAGCAACUCAAUGCAUAAAAGCAUGCAGACAUGGUCAAGAGGUUCAGUUGUUGUUCUGACCAAACAUCAGAAUGGGGGAAGAAAUGUGACGUAAUUGUCUUUGAUCUUGGUGCCAAACGGGGUGGUUUGAGUAUCUCAGAAACUGCUGGGAUUUUCGUACACAAGUCUUAGAGUUUACAGAGAGUGGUGCAAAAAACAUCCAGCGAGCAACAGUUCUGUGGCUGAAAGAACCUUGUGAAUGACAGAGGUCAGAGGAAAGUGGCCAGACUGGUUCAAGCUGACAGGUAACUCAAAAAAACCACAGUGGUGUGCAGAAGAGCAUCUCUGAGUACACAACAUGUCAAACAUUGAAGUGGAUGGGCUACAGCAGCAGAAGACCAUGAACAAACACAGAGUGGCUAAUUUAUUACAUACAGGGGGUAUGGGAGGUUCCCAAUAAAGUGGCCACUGUAUGUAUUUAUUACCAUAUACUACCUUGAGAUGCAUUUUAUUGCAGGCAUUUACUGGAAAAUAAAGAAAUUCAAUGAAAUGUUUGAUAACUGUAAAUAACUG